UUUUUUUUUUUUUUUCUUCGAUACCGCUUACAAAUUCUGAAUAGCGAGGUAAUGCAGAUUAAAAGAGGAGACAUUAUUUUACGUUCUAAACCAUUUGCCUAUGUUUUAAGCUCCAAAUACAAGGAUAACCGUUGCAAUUGUUGUUUUAAGUGUGGAAAACUUCAGAAAUGCUCAGGCUGCCAAUAUGUUUAUUAUUGUGACCGUUCUUGUCAAAGAGAAUCAUGGAAUAUCCACAAGUACGAAUGUGCGAAUUUAAAAAAAAUUUUACCACGAAUUGUGCCGGAUGCCGUACUAUUAGUAGCCCGAGUCAUAUUAACACUUCAAGUGGGUGAAAAGAAGAAAGAAUGUUAUGCGGAUGAUUUGUAUAGGGGAUAUAAUGAUUUGAUGUCCCAUUUGACGAAUAUCGAAAAGGAUUAUGAGAGAGUCGAACAUUGUAUUACUAUUCAUAAUGUUUUAGAUGACUUUAUGAGCGGAGAACGGAAAUUAAAUUUGCAAGAAAUUUUAGAAAUUUAUGGAAAAAUUUGCGUUAAUUCGUAUAAUAUAUUGGAUGCUGAAAUGCAAAGUAUCGGUGUCGGUAUUUAUUUAGCUCCUUCUGUAAUAGAUCACAAUUGUAAACCAAAUGCGGUCGCUGCGUUUGAGGGCCCGAUUAUCAUAAUCAGGGCUCUGGAAGAUAUUUCAACUAGAGAUUGGUCAAAAAUACAUAUUUCAUAUAUUGAUAUAUUAAAUACCACGAUCGAUAGGCGUACGGAACUUCAAAAGACCUAUUACUUUCUGUGCGAAUGCGAAAGAUGUAACGAGCCUGAAAUGUUUGCGACGGCGGCAAUUUGUUCUUACUGUAAGGAUAAAUGUAACAUUGAGGAGGAUACUUGUCGAGUCUGCGAUAAAGAAAUUUCUCAUGCUUUUAAAGAAAAAUUCAACAAAGUUAGUGAUUUCACUAGGCAUCAGCUGGAAUCCAUGAAGAAUGUAGUUGAUCUUGAGAUUAAUAAAACAUGCUUGAAAGAACAAACGGACAUAUUUCAUCCUUUGAAUAUUCUGCAUAUUCGAACUAUGGAAUCGACCUUAGACGUUGCCAUUGAAUCAGGCCACUGGCAAGAAGCUUCUCUUUUUGGUAUUAAACUAUUGCCAGGAUAUUUAUAUUAUUAUGGAGAGUUCCAUCCGCUUACUGGCUUAUUGUAUUUUAAGAUAGGAAAAAUACAAUUGUAUUUGGGGCAGGAGGAAGCAGCUUUAAAAAUGCUAAUGGAAGCUUAUAAAAUUCUUAAAGUUACGCAUGGAGACGAACACUCCCUGAUCAACGAACAAUUAAAGCCACUUAUUUGUCAAGCUUGCGAAGAGCCAGCAGUGAGAAACGCUUAAUGUACAUAAUAUCCAAAUGUAAAUUAAUCCUCGAUCGACCUUAGAUUGA